AUCGGCCAGAACGAAAAUGCCCGAAACUGUUUUUUUGUCGCGGAAAUUGAGGCUUCCAAUCCGCGCUGAAAGUGAAUCUUUUUGUCUUUUUUCGUGUGAAAUUAAUUGGCGUGCGUGCGAACCGUGAAACAAGGAGGCUGGGCGUGCGGAUGAAACGGAACGCAGAAAGAACCGUGCAAAAUAGCAGCGUACGAUGGAAACCUCUUCACCGUCAGUGAUAGUUCUUGAUUCCGACUCCGAUUCUGAAGGGGCGCAUGGGAGGCAGGGCAAACGAAAAUCGAGCGUUAUCACAUCGGUCGGGUCGGUCAAACAACCGAAUGGGAACGUUACCCCCCAGGAACUGCAGCAGCAACAGUCUCCGACCGCGAGCAAUGCACAGGUUUCCAGCGGAGAACCGGCUCGUAAGCGGAUUAAACCGAUUACAGUUGCAACAAAUUUGUCUGCUCGCGGAUCGCCCAAUGGAGUGCACAACAACAACAACAACAGCAACAGCCGGGCAUCGGUUGAAAGCGGCGGCCAGAGUGAAAACUUUGCACAAAUCACGUUCUCCGAGGAUUGGGAGAAGGAAAUGAAGCAAUACCAGCGCGAGCUGAACGGACAAUCGCGAAAACAGCCAGCAUCAUCGGAGACCACUGCUGUCGUGGUGCUAGAUGGACCUCCCGAUACCCCCGCAAGUCCAACACGCAGCAGCACCACAUCGACGACGGUUAAUGAUGAGCCGGAGCGCCUCGAUGGUCGUCCGUUGAAAAUUAAACAGCAGGCGACGACAGCGGUUAAAGUGGAAAAAAAUCCUAUCGGGCCGGAAUUCCAACAGCUACUCGAUGCGUGCCGGAAAGCAGAUCCUUCGAAGGAAAUGGAAUUGCUCAUCCAAAAGCGCCUCAUACGCUACUAUGAGAUUGUGCAUCCGGAUUACGUGAAUUCGAAAAGCUUCAAAAAGGCGGUCGCAGCCACGGUGAUCGAUGUGCAGACGCAUCCCAAUCUCGUGUUCCUGAAGCUAUCGGGCAUAGUGGAAGAGCUGAAUGCACGACGUAAAUCACGGGCCAUCCUCGAGCCUGCCACGACAACGGCGACAACGACCACAACGUCAACGUCUAACGGUGGAGGUUCGGCAGAUGGAAAGGAUGGCUCCCCCAGCGGUCAGUCCAAUGCGACGGGAAAAGACGCGCGGAAGGAUCAGCAGAUUGCGCGUCUCAAUCGAACACUAUACUGUUUGAAGAAGCGCAUCCAGAUGCUCGAGGAGGCGGAAGUCGAUUUCAAUCACGAUGCCAACUCGGCCUACAUGAUGGUGCAGCGGUACAAGAAGCGCGCCUUCGACGUAUACCAGAAGCUGUGUGAUAUCACGGGCGAAAGUAAGGACGCCCAUCGGCUAGUGAAGAAACCAAUUCACUUCCAGGGCACCCCGUACACCGAGUUUAACCGCACCAUACAGCUGUUCGUCAAUCGAACCGAUUCAUUCCCUGACUUCCGGGAUGUGCUCAAGUGCUUGCAGCAUUGCGAUCAAAAGUAUGGCUACAACCUGCGCCGGGAACAGAUGGACCGGGUGGCGCAAGAUGCGUUCUUGCAGGUCGGCAAGCUCCUGCAGAAGCGUCGCAAGACAGAUCUCUACGAAACGGUCUCGUACUACGCGAAUGAUGCUACUGAUCCCGCCCUGGCAGACCAGAAGCUGCAGGAGAAGCUGGAUCAGAAUCGUAAAUACUACAACAAAGUAGGCGAACUUAUCGACAAAUUUGCAAAAGCGGAAGCGAAUGAGGAGAUAGAGGUGUUUGAGGAUCUUCCUUUACCGGACGACUAUCCAUCAGCAGUCCUCGCGGUCGACGAAGGUGGUGUAAAGGAGAGCAAAACCGAACAAACGCAGCCAUCCAACAGCAGUAGCAGUAGUACCAGCGGCCCUAGUAGUAGUAGAAAUAGUGGUAGUAGCAGUAGCAGUAAUUCAAGUAACAGCACAGCAAGUGGUAUCAGCAAAAAGGAUACGUCAGCCAACCGAACCACUACCGUUUCGGCGACGGAUGAUUCCGCCAAAGUGCUGAUCGCUGACCUAACCGACAGUGAGGACGAUGAUGAUGAUGAUGAUGAUGAUGACGAAGAAGACGAAGAGGAGGAUGAGGAGGAAGACGAUGAGGAACAAACCACCAAGGAGAACGUGAAACCGGACUGCUUCGAAGAUAUUGUGAUUUCCGAUGAUGAGGAGCUGCUGCUGCCCGAGUCAUAGCACACGUUGCCACCCGUCGCCAUUGGCAACGUCCGUUAGGCUUAGUUCAGUUACCUCCGUUUUCACUUCGCUCCGCUUUCAUUUACGCCCCGGAGACCGUAGCAUGCGGUGCGCACCGCUGUGGUCUUUCCUGUCGGUUACUAUAUUUAUUUAGUCAAUAUUUUGAGUGAUCCUAAUUCUUUUCCACCAACCAACCAGCAACAACAACAACAACAAUGGACAGCUAUUUGUCUGCGACUGAUAAAAAGAAACAACACGAAAGCUUUCCAAUUCGUACUAGCGAUAAGGCUCGAUCUGUCAAGAUCGACCCCAAUAAUUGUAAAUAAUGAAAAGCAGAAUUAAAUUCAAACGAAGGAAACAUAUUUUUCGAACAAUCACACACUAAA